AAGCCACGGGCCCCGGCGCGGCGUCCCGCUUGGACCCUAGAGAGACAUGGGGCUGCGGGGCGGGCAGGCGCGGAGGGCGGAAGAGCUUCCUGCGGGGCCUGCCCUUGGCCGGCGGCGGCCGCGGCCCCAGCAGCGAGCGACUACCCUGAGGCCGAAAGUGGCACCUUUACGUGACGGACGCCUCCGCCCGGGUCGGGCUUGGGCUCCCGCUUGCGGGCUCCUGUGCUGCCUGGGGUCUUUCGUGCCGCCACUCCCUGGGGGCGGGGCUCCGUGUUAAGGGUAUAGUCCAGUGCCGCCCGGUUUUUAAAGGCCGGCCCAGCCCUUUUGUUAGUAGUCUUGUCUUCUCCAUCCUUUACCUUGGCUGUAGCACCUUUAGGUUAAGAAAGCAUCCGGAACAUUUAAAAUAAUUAUUUCAAUGUACCUCGUGUUCUACCGGCAAACUGAGAUUCUAUUCUCAAUUUUUUUGGGUAACGCCAAUUCGUUUUUCCUCUGGUUGAAUUCAGUAUUCAAUCAAUUGGUAAAAACUAAUUUUGUUCCAUUGCCUUCUUUUAAAUAAGCUGUGAUUGUAGAGCAGUGGUUUCCAGUUUUUUCUGUUACCAGCUUUUUCCUAUCAAUGUCAGAAAUCCUUUGUGUCUAAACAUUGCCUGAAUUUCUCUUACCCAGCCGGCCCCACAAUCUUUAUUCCUUAACUUGCAAAACCAGCAGCAACUUUCAGUGUCAUUUUGCUUAUUUCAGGACAAAAUUCCUUCAGCCAUACAGCCUAUCCACAGCCCUUGGCAGCCUACUCCAGAAAUACUCCUUUCAAAGAAAAAAGGCCCAUCAGGUGUUGGGGAAAGAAAAAAUCCUAUUUGCUAUUUGGAAAAUGGACUGGAAAAGAGAAAGAAGUGGGAGUCCAUGUAGAAAACUGUUGGCAGAAGCCCAGAGCACCUUGUGAGAAUUAGGUACUGGUGGAAGAAGCUCAAGAGACUGUGAGGCCUGAGUGGUCAAAGUCGUCAUAGUUCCAGUUGAAAUCCAUGAAGACAGGAGGGGAUGGGCCAGGGGGAAAGAUGCGGGCCUGGAGUCUUUAUGAGAAAGUUGGGUUGAUCCAUGUCUGGUGUCCCAGCUCUAUGAAUGGCAAGUGGAUUUUACUUUCUCCAGGAGAAGAGUAUUUUCAAACCAGUGCCUGGGGCCAACCAGAACGCUGAGUGACCCAGGUGUCUGGGUGGAAACCUGAGCUGGGAGAAGGAAGACGCCCGUGGAAGGAAAUUACAGGGGAUAACAGUAUGGAAAAGAAAGCCCAGGACAGCAGAAAAGGUGCCCCCCACAGAGCAGUGCCCCCAGCUGUGGGGCUGCUCUUCUCCAUGGCCCUCAUGAACACGCUCCUCUACUUCUGCCUUGAUUGGUUUUUCAUCUCCCGUCCACGCUCUGCUCCCAGCUCUGCUCACUGUCCCCACGGACACUUCAGAAUGGGACAGAUGAAAAACUGUUCACCGUGGCUGUCCUGCGAGGAGCUGAGGACCGAAGUAAGGCAGUUGAAGCGUGUUGGAGAAGGAGCUGUGAAGAGAGUCUUUCUGUCUGAGUGGAAGGAACGCAAAGUCGCGCUCUCACGGCUCACCAGUCUGGAGAUGAAAGAUGAUUUCCUGCAUGGGCUGCGGAUGCUGAAAACCCUGCAGAGUAAACAUGUUGUUACCUUGCUUGGAUACUGUGAGGAGGACAACACUAUUCUUACCGAAUAUCACCCCUUAGGUUCCUUGAGCAAUCUGGAAGAAACGCUCAACCUUUCCAAGUACCACAGUGUGAACACGUGGCAGCACAGGCUGCAGCUGGCCAUGAAUUAUGUGGCCAUCAUCCACUACCUGCACCACAGCCCCCUGGGCACCCUGGUCAUGUGCGAUUCCAGUGACCUGCCCAAGACCUUGUCCCAGUAUCUGCUGACGAGCAACUUCAGCAUUGUGGUAAACGACCUGGACGCCUUGCCCCUGGUGAACCACAGCUCAAGGACGUUUGUGAAGUGUGGCCACAGGGAGCUUCACGGGGACUUUGUGGCUCCAGAGCAGCUGUGGCCCUAUGGAGAAGACAUGCCUUUUGAUGAUGAUCUCAUGCCCUCAUAUGAUGAGAAGAUCGACAUCUGGAAGAUUCCAGAUGUCUCUAGUUUCCUUUUGGGGCACGUUGAAGGAAGUGAUAUGGUCCGAUUUCAUUUGUUUGAUAUUCAUAAGGCAUGUAAGAGCCAGACUCCUGCAGAAAGACCCACUGCUCGGGAAAUUCUAGACACUUAUGAGAAGGUUUUGAAUCUGCUCAGAGAAACUGUGAUGUCCCAGACAAGAGAAAUGCUAUGAAAACCAUUCAGUCAGUGAAGAAUGGGUUUCAAAGAACAAAUGGAAUCAUUAUAGCAAUUCUUACUCUAAUGGUGAGUUUUUUGCUGUUCAGUGUGUGGUUCUUCCUCUGUAUCUACAUUCACAUGCACGUGUGAGCGUUGCUUAUCCCCUGGUGGGACCUGGGCAGAUGCCUCACCUUCUCACACUGAUCACUCCUGCUGAACUUGAGAAGCAGUGGAUCUAGCCAUAUCUGAAGGAGGUAACAAAAAUGUCACCACAUAGGGGCUUCACCUGCCCUAAUUACUGAAGUUGUAAACUUGUAAGAAACAUAUAAAGAAAAGAUCCCUAAAUGGCAGGAUAUGAAAGAAAUGUACAGUGGUUUUCCAAAGAAGUUUUUUUCCUCAUUUUUUUAGAUAAUAGUCAACAUUACCAGGGUCAUGGGAGUAUUUGUGGCCUGUCAACAUCACAUGGUGUUGAUGAGGCCAUCUUUACUGUUUUAAAUGAUUGUUUAAAUGUUUACUUUAAUGAAUGUGAAGCUCUUGUGCCAUCCUCUUUCCAAAAAUCUAAAAGAGAACUAUGAUAGCUUGCUCUUUGAAAUUUUGAAUGGACAAGGAAUAUUUAGAACAGCAAGUAUGAGGGAAAUUGUAUAUUUAUGUUACUGCCUUGGAUGGUGUUUGUGAAAUUCCUAUUUACCUUCCAGCUAGGUUUUCUGUGUCCAAAAUAAAUUAUUGUGAAUAGUUUA